AUGACGGUCAAAGCAUUUGAUGAUAACGUAUCAGAUACUCACUACUUGUUGGAUACUCCAAGAUCUUUACCCACGCGAGAUCCACAAUUGAAUAAUCAUGUCAUUGAUCUUUUCAAUUUGAAAGGAAAAGUUGCAGUUGUCACAGGCGGUGGACAAGGUAUCGGCUAUGCUAUAUGUGAAGCAUAUGCACAAGCUGGAGCAGAAGUUGCUAUAUGGGAUAUUAGUGACACCUCUACAGUUGCCACGAAGUUAGAAAAACUUUAUGGAGUUAAACUGCGUUCAUAUGUAUGCGAUGUCACUGAUUCAAAGAGAGUUGAACAAACUGUUAACAACAUCGUUGAAGAUUUCGGUGAUAUUGACAUUUUUGUCGCUAAUGCUGGUAUAAACAUUCCGGUGGGUACCAUAAUUAAUGAAGAAAAUUCUAAUGAUAAAAACUGGCUUAAGGUCAUGGACAUAAACUUGAAUGGUGUAUACUAUUGUGCCAAAAAUGUUGGUAAGGUUUUCUCUAGAAAACCUGAGGGCAGAAAAGGAUCAAUGAUUAUUACCGGUUCUAUGUCGGGGCAUAUCAUCAAUACUCCGGUUCAUCAAGCCGCAUACAAUGCAUCCAAGGCAUCCGUUAUUCAUUUCGCUAAAUCAUUGGCUAUUGAAUUUGUUGAUUUCGCUAGAGUCAACAGCAUCAGCCCUGGCUAUGUUAACUCGGGUAUCAAUGACCAUUUGCCAAGCAACACUAGAAAACGUUGGUGGUCGACUAUCCCGAUGGGAAGAGAAGGCUUACCACGAGAGUUGGUUGGUGCAUAUUUGUACUUAGCAUCUGAUGCAAGUACCUAUACCACUGCUGCUGAUAUUAUUGUAGAUGGAGGCUGGUGUGCUGUUUAA